UUUUGUGGAGAGUCUGAUGUGGAUGAUUUGGAUGUAGUUAGAGCAACGUUCUUUUUGCUGUCUCUCAUAAUUUCACUUUUCCAAUGUGAUAUCUGUUCAAUUAACUAACGUCUGAUUAUCAACAUUAUUUAUAUUUUAUCCAAGCAUCGUAUUCAAACUUUACCUUUAUGUCUGUUUCAUUCUAACCGUAUUUAGAUUCCCUGUUUGAUUCAUCAUCAGUGUACUUAACAAUUUUUGGACAAUUAAUUGGUCUAAGAAAUUCAUUUGUAAUUUAAACUUAAUUCAACUUUUAUUCAUCAAAAUCACUUGGCCCGUCAAUCAGCCGUGUCUCUACUCAACCAGCUUGUAUCACCUCAUUCAGUUUUGUUUUUUAAUUUAAAAUGUCUACUGGAAACAUGACUGAUUCUCUUGGUGUCUCGGUUGCCUUAGGCAUGAUCAAGACAGUGGUCUGUGCUUACGAUUUAAUGACUUUACCCCUUUACACAAUUGUACAACAACCUUGGCAAAGAACCCGAGCCAGGGAUAAAAUUAGAGCAAAACCAGUUAAGGAAGGGAAUUGCUACUCAGAAUGGCGUCGGACUGAUUCUCCUCCCGAUCAUUUGAUGCUUCAUGCAGAAACUGUUGACGAAUUAUUCGUGAAGACUUGUAAAGUAUAUUCUGAUAAAAAGUGUCUCGGUUUUCGGGAAGUUUUUGGUGAAGAAGAUGAAAAGCAGCCAAAUGGUAGAGUUUUUCGUAAACUGAUUCAAGGAGAUUUCAAAUGGUUCACCUACAGUGAAGUAAAUCAAAGAAUUACUAAUGUUGCUCGAGGAAUGUAUUUAAGCGGCCUUAAACCUGGUGAGCCUGUUAUGAUUUUUUCCGAGACUAGGCUAGAAUGGUUCUUAAGUGCAAUGGCGGCAUUCCGUCUUGGAGCAAGUAUUGCAACCCUUUAUGCUACGCUUGGUUUGGAAGCUUUGAUUCACGGAAUAAAUGAAACUGAAGUGACACAUUUAGUAACAACUUAUGAUUUGUUGCCAAAGAUAAAGUCGAUCAUCAAUAAUUUACCUCACUUGGAAUGUAUUAUUUACAUUGAAGGUCCUAAAAGACCUGACCUAACUGGCUUUGGAAACAUUAAGCUAGUCUCCUUUGCUCAAAUUGAACUUAAUGGUACUUCAUCAAAACAAUCUAUUCAAUUUGAGCCAAGGAAAGGCGAUGAUCAAGCAAUCAUCAUGUACACCUCCGGUUCUACCGGUAUUCCUAAAGGAGUAGUUAUCACUCAUAAAAAUAUUAUUGCGACUAUGGUAGGUUUCUAUGGUGUUGUACACAGUUUAACCCCUGAUAAUGUUUACAUGGCCUAUCUUCCGUUGGCUCACGUUCUUGAAUUAGCUGCUGAAAGUUUCUUCGUCGCAAUGGGUAUUCCAAUUGGUUAUUCAUCUCCUCAUACCAUGACUGAUAAAUCAACAGCGGUCAAGAAAGGUUGUAGAGGUGAUGCUCCUGUUCUUAAGCCAACCAUUGUAGCAGCUGUUCCAUUAGUUCUGGACCGUAUAAAGAAAGCGGUGACUGAAAAUAUCGAUGCUCAGGGACCUUUCAUGAAAAGCUUUUUUAGGUUUGCUUUGGAAUACAAACAAUACUGGAUUAAAAAUGGUUUCCAAACUCCUUUACUGAACAAAAUUAUCUGUGGCAAGAUAAGGGCCAUGUUGGGUGGAAAAAUAGAAUACAUGGUUUGUGGAAGUGCCCCCUUAGCUCCAGAUACUUGUGAUUUUAUUCGAAAUACUUUAAAUGUUACUCUCAUUUCGGGUUAUGGUUUAACUGAAACUACAGCAGGAGCCACGCUUAUGGAUUUUGAUGAUUACAGUGUUGGUCGAAUCGGACCUCCUCUUUAUGGACUCUCAAUUAAAUUAUCAGAUUGGAAUGAAGGUAAUUAUCAUCCUCGAGAUCAACCAAAUCCACGAGGUGAAAUCAUCAUUGGUGGAGAUUGUGUUACUGCCGGGUAUUACAAGAAUCCAGCAAUGACAGAUGAAUUUUACAAAGUAGAAGAUGGUAAAAGGUGGUUUUACACCGGAGAUAUCGGAGAAAUUUAUCCUGAUGGAACAAUAAAGUUAAUCGACCGUAAAAAAGAUUUGGUUAAAUUACAAUAUGGAGAGUACAUUUCACUUGGAAAGAUUGAAACUGAAUUAAAAAUCUGUCCGAUUGUUGACAACAUUUGUGUUUAUGGUAAUUCUUAUCAUGACUAUUUGAUUGCCAUCAUUGUACCGAAUGAAAAAGCUCUUCGAGGCUUAGCCAAACAACAUGACCGAGAACAUUUAACACUUUCCCAACUCUGUAAAGAUCCUGUUAUCCUGGAUGGAGUUAGAAAAAUUUUAAUCGAUCGAGCAAGCGAGGUAAAACUGAAUCGAACCGAGGUACCAGCCAAGAUAUUACUUGUCGAUGACGAUUGGACACCAGAUAGUGGAUUAGUGACAGCAGCCAUGAAAAUUAGGCGUAAAAAUAUUCAAGAGGUUUAUAUUGAUGAAAUCAAUAGACUGUAUAAUACAAUAACCUCUAGUGUUCAAUCAGCUUGAUCCCUUAAUGUAAUUAUUUUAUUAUAUUAAUCUUAUUGUCUUGAGAUUAUCUAUUUUGUUUUUAUUUUCUUUAACCGUUAAACUGUAUAUUGAUUUGUUACUUACAUGUUUUUGAUUUCAAUAGAAAAUUGUGAAUAUUAAAGCCCAAUAAAUCGAAUUCUGAGCUCUA